GAGUUUUCCACUUGAAAAUUAAUUGAAGUGACUAGUGAGAGUUCGUUAGUUAUAGUCUAUUCGAGGAGGUGAACGUGUGGUGCGGUUAUGGGGAGUCACCAUAGCCACGAACAGAAGGAUGGCGAAGGAGGGAGCGGGUUUAACACGCCGCGAGGUGGUUCGCGACGCGGCGCAACGCCGAGGGGCUCCGCGGGCGACACCGAGAAACCUGAAAAGCCGCAACCUACUUCCAUGGUACCCGUUGAGAAGCUUGGAAAGCUACUGGCGCAGCGAUCACAGAAGGAGGAUGGCGUCAGCGGCGUCACCGAGAAGUCGUUCACGAAAUACUUGUUCCCGAUGUACCCGGAGCUGGCGCGUCAGUUCUACCGCUGGGUACACCGCGCGGGCAAAUGCCGCAACCAACACAUCCCACUGUCCGUGUUCCGCACGCACUGCGAGAAGAUCCUCGGCAUGAUCGACGACAACGCCAUCAUCGAGACUUACGUCAAAAUGUUCGCGACGGAGGCGGACGAGAACACGAUGGAGCCCUCGGGUCUGCGCAGCCUGCUCUACACCAGCUACAAGCUCUCCAUGGACCACUACCCUGAGGGGCCGCAGACCUGCCUCAUGAUCAACAGGACGCUGUCGUCGGUGGUGAACGGCUGCUUCAACAACAAGGACGCGCACAGCGUGGGCUUCGUGGUGCGCUGGCUGAACGAGCACUGCCACCGCCUCGUGUUCCCCGUGCACAGGUACUGCGUGCACAUGCUGGCCACGCGGCACCGCGACCUGGAGGCGGCCGUGGAGUCGCCGUGCAGCGGCGCGGGGCUGGAGCUGGCCACGCCCGUGCUGGAGCGCAGCCCCUGGCCGGCGGCGCCGCACGCCAAGGACGCGCUGCUGCCGCUGUCCGUGGCCUGGCUGCUGGCGGGCGCCGCGCCGCCGCUGUACUCGCGGCCGCUGCAGGCGCUGGGCGGCGGCGCGCUGGCCUCGGCCGCCUGGCUGGCGCGCCUGGUGUGCGCCGUGCCCGUGCACUGGGUGCCGCUGUACGCCUCCGGCGACCACGGGCUGGGCGCCAACCGCUUCCUGCACCACACGCUGGCCUACCGCGGCCCCACGCUGGUGCUGAUCGCGGCGCAGGAGGCGCUGGUGGUGGUGGCCAGCCCGCAGGAGUGGCGCGAGUCGCACCAGUACUGGGGCGGGCCCGACGCCGCGCUCGUGCAGCUGCUGCCGACGUUCGCCGUGCUGGAGCGCGGGCCCAAGCUGCUGUACCUGAACACGUCCAUCCGCGGCUACCCGCUGGGGCUGCGCGUGGGCGCGGACCCGCGCAAGCCGGCGCUCAGCGUGGCCGCCGGCUUCGACGCGCUGACGCUCCGCGGCGUGCCCUUCGCCGUCAGCAGCAUCGAGGUGUGGGGCUGCGGCGACCAGGCGUCGCGCGAGACGCAGCUGGAGAUCAAGAAGUGGCAAGUGCGCGAAGCCGAGCGCCAGAGCAAGGUGAAGCUAUCGGCCGCGGACUGGAUCGACCACCCCGACCGCUACCUGCUGGAGCUGGCCGGGCGCACGCAGUACAACACAUCGGCCAGCUAGCCCGACGCGGACGCGGGCGCCGCCGGCCCGCGGCGCUAGUGGGGCGCUUUGGGCGCUUUAGGGCGCUUUACGGCGUUCGCCGGCAGUCGACUGCUCGACGCUGCUUGCGGGACAGCCGCGCCGCGCAGGAGCAGCUCCCGUUUUCCAA